AUGGCUGGAAGAAAUGACGCUGCGAUUGCUGCUGCACCAGAAGCUGUGGCUCAAGCUGUAGGGCAUCAGCCUAAUGCAAAUGCUGGUGCUAAUGCUGAAUGUAAGAGGAAAUUCAAAGUUCAGCAGAGUCGUCCAAAGCCUUACAGUGCUCCUGCUGAUAAGGGAAAACAAAGAGUUAAUGAUGAGAGGAGGCCUAGAAAGAAAGAUGCUCCUAAUGAGAUUGUGUGCUAUGCUUGUGGCGAGAAAGGCCAUAAGAGUAAUGCUUGUCCUGGGGAUGUGAAAAGAUGUCUUCGUUGUGGUAAGAAAGGUCAUACACUUGCUGAGUGUAAACAUGACGAUGUUGUGUGUUUUAACUGCAAUGAGGAAGGUCAUAUUGGUUCGCAAUGCAAGAAGCGUAAGAAGGCGCAGACUACUGGGAGAGUUUUUGCUUUGACUGGUACUCAGACUGAGAAUGAGGAUUGUAGAUCAUCUAAGGAAAAAGGAAUUCUUCCUAAGAUUUUCAUCGGAGCUCUUUAUGCUGCCUUACUUCUUGUUGUCUCGGAAAAAGUUCUUGGACCCAAAUAA